UUUGGAGAAGUACGGGAAGUUUUAAAAAAAGAAUGAUUUUCUCAAAACAAGAAACUUCCAACACGAUCGGGGUUUAUGACAGGACAGAUGUGAAAGUGUUUAUUCAUUGUGCCACAGAUACCAUUGUAGAUCACAGCUUUGACAUUCAGCAUGAUGGCCAUUGGUUUUUGUAUUGCCUUGCAAAGAAAGGAGGCUUAUACAGGGUGGAAAAAGGAUGUGAAGAACAGUCUGCCAGACAAACAGCUUCAAAUGAGGAUGAUCAGACAGAGAUAUUUUCAGACCUCCUUGGCCGGCAAGAUGAUUCUGUUGAUGUAUUUCAGCUGUGCAUGUCAACACAACCUGUCUAUAUUUUGAAUGAUUCAGAUGUUGUCGGAAAGAAACAUGAAAAUCCUGUUGCAUUAUGUGUAUGUUCAAAUCAGAUAGUAAUUGUAACAGAAACGUCAACAGAAUACACCAUAUUUAUCUACAGAAAAGCAAAUAUGCAUGCUGAUAAAAGUACUGCCAGGCUACCAAAAAACGCUGUUACAGAGAAAAAAGCUAAAUUUUCGGAAAGCGUAUUAGUAAAGGUUUUGAUAUGUGAUACUAUAAACAGCUAUGGCUCAACCAGCUCAGACAUUUUAAAACUAGAUGCAACAUUGUUUAAACAGUUAUUUGGAGAAGAUACAGUACUUCUAAAGUCUCCUAUUAUAUUGAUUGGUCAACCAGAUGGAUCAGUGCAUUUCAUUCCUAUGUCGUCGUUUGUUCCCAGUUCCAGUUUAGACAAUAUGCCCAUGCCGUUGAGGAGCAAGCAUUAUAAGGGCAGCUGGAGCUUACUGUGUCAGAUGUCCCUCUCUGUGAGGGAAAUAACUAGUGUAACUUUAGUGAAAGGCGACGGGCAAACGUACGACUGUUGUGAUACUGUACUGUGUAUUUUUGGACAUGAUGGUCAAGUGAUAAUAUUCUGGAGUGUGAAUGGUAAUCCAGACUAUAUUGUCUCCGAAGACUUUAUUUGUAGCCCCGUGCUUAGUGUUCGAUCUUUUCACAAUAAACUGUACUACUCAAAUGGAUAUAGCUUGUUUGAAAGUGCGAUAGAUGUACAUAGCAAUUACAGCCACUUGCCAAGAAACAGACAACUGCAAAUAUCUAAGACGAAGGUACUGAAUGAUAGAUAUGUGACUGAAAUACAUGAGAUAUCUGCAGAUGGAUAUGUUGGGACACAAGCAUCCCCAUGCACAGUUCAUUGUUCCUGUCUGAAUGGUCAACUUGUAGUAAUAGAAGCAUCAUCGUGGUCAAACCUUAUCUGUGAUACUCGCAUCUCAAAGAAAGAAACUCUUAAAGAUAUUCUGACUUCAAUUGAUGAAGUUGGUAGAAAGAGACAAGAAUUGAAGAAAAAGACAGAAGUUCAAGAUGAAAACAUGGAGCAACUUAGUAUUGCAGCAUAUUUAAUGGCUGCAUACGCCCGUCAGAAGAAUGUAUGCCUGAGCGACAAAGGAGAAAAUAAAGAAGAAAGAGUGCAAGAAGAAAUUAGCCCUUUGUAUUCCAACAUUCCUAUAUCUGUUGUCUACGACGCAAAAGCACAAAUGAAUGGCAAAAAUGAAGUUUUUGAGAUGUCAGUUGAAAUCACAAAUCAAAUGGCAGUUACUCUAUCCAGUGAUUGGACUUUCUCUGCGUCAGUAGUUUCCACUUAUGAUGUUGAAAUUGCUACUUCGUCCGUGAAGGUAAACAAAGAAUGGAAAAAGAAUGAGAAAUUUAUACUGUCACUUCCAGUAUCUUUUCAGCAGAUACUGUCAAAAUGUAAACUAAUUAUUAAAGCAGUUGUUCUGACAGGCAAUAAUGUAACUACUGGAGAUGGUAAAAGAGAUAGAACACAGAAACGGCAGCUUAGUGUUCCAAUAUAUGAAAAAGACAUUGAUGUCCUUGACUGUUUGUUGCCAGUGUCUGAAACCAGCCUACUGAAUGAGAACAUUUCGAAAUGGUCUUCAAACACAAUGAUGAAGGAUCAAGCGAAGAAUCGCAUACCAAAUCUGAAAUUGCCCGGUGUGAGCGAAGAUAUUGGCGAUAUCACCGUAUGUACUAGAGACGUUUUUCAUAUAUCAUCGACAGCUCUUGGAGGACAUGGACAAGAGAGAGCUGCACGUCAUCUACUUGAGUUACUCUUUGGUAAGACAAUAUCAGAUUGCAAUGGCAUGAAACCUAGCGACUUCCAGCUGGUGACUGCUUUCGGACAUGUUGUUCAACUUAGCAUACUACCAUGUAAACCAGAUAAGACCGCAAACCGUGAUGACGGGUAUACAGUGAAUGAAAUGGAGGAUACGCUUGAAGUGAUUGUGAGAGCCUCACCUAGAAUUGCAGCAGCUGUACAUAGGGCAAUUAGUUGCAGACAACAACAGAUUCUUAGCUCAUUAGGAAAACGAUUUGUGCCGACAACUUCCACACAAUAUGCUCGCAAAUCUAUACAGACAGCACAGGACACGAUGAAUCAGAUAAAUGGCAACGGACAGAAUGAAACAACAUUUGCCUUUGCUUUCCAGAAGAUUAGAAAUAUCCACUUUUGAGGAAAUUGUCACAUGAAACAAUGGAUAGACUAAGAAAUAAAAACAAUAGAACCAGUCAUACAUUGCCACGUCAUCGGAAUUACCAUUGGUAUUUAUUUGUAAACCUAUACUGUUAUAUAUGGCUGGUUGUUGUAAUGUUAUUGUUCAUAACAUGAAAUGUAGAAUCAAAAGUUGUCCCGUAUUUCCACGAAUUUCAACUUGACUAUCCUAAAUACAAUUUCAUAUUCGUAGAAAGUAAGCGCUAGUAUAGUUUGCAAUAUGAAUAAGAAAUCUUACCUUGAAUCUAUGAGGCGUUUCAUUUGAUUGGUAUUACUUCCUUGUCUUCACUGGUAGUGUGUUACACAAAUAUACAACACCUACAUAUACAAUAAUGAAUAUUUACAACGUUUCCUUGGAUACAUAUUGAUCAUAAACACCUGGCUGUUACUCAUGUAUAAUUAUAGUCACGCAUGUUAUUGAUCGCGGCCGAUGACAAGUAUUUGCACGAUGGGGAAAAUAUUUCAUGAUGGACCUGUCAAUUCUUUACUUAUGGGUGAAACAGGUCUCAUAAGCGUAAAUACGACUAGCUUCUACUGAUUAUAAAACAUACCGUACGCUUUGUUGUGAAUCAACUGUUGUUGUACUUUUAGUAGUUCAAGUGCCACCCUUGUUUAAGAGCAACAUUUAAAAACACGUUUUUUUUUCAUCCUCAAGUAAUAAGUAGGUAGACUCGCCCAGUUUAAUCAAUCUAGACGCAUAAUCUACAUAGAGCGCUUACUUCACCCGAUUUACAUUCGGAACAUUUUCACGCGUUUCGGGCUUUAUCGUAUGUUUAACAUGGGAUUUUUGAACCGUCCAAAGAUGUUGGAAAUGUUUGUCUCAUUGUUUAUUUUUUUUUAAUAAAAAUGUUACUGCUUU